AAAUAGUUACUGUGAUUACUGUUAAUAUCGUGGAAUCUUAUAACGAUAUAUCAAUAUAUUAGUCGAUAUCCUGCUACAUUCUUAAGUAUUCUUAUCAUUAGUAUUUGUUUAUGCUGAAAUUUAGUCUUCGUCUUGACCUAGCACGCGGGUGUUCUAAAUUAAGUGAUAGUACAAUGGUUAAAGCAAAAGUUUAUAUUUUUCAACGACAGUUCAACGGUUUUCCCAAGGAGGGUGAUUUGAAAUUGGUAGAAGAAGAAUUACCCCCAAUUAAGGAUGGAGAAUUUUUGAGCCAAGCUGUAUAUUUAAGCGUGGAUCCUUACAUGAGGAAGUAUGCGGAAAAUUUGACUUUAGGGCAACCAUUUAUUGGGCGACAAAUAGCAAAAAUAAUUGAAAGCAAAAAUCCAAAUUUUCCGGUAGGACGGCAUGUUUUUGGAAAUUUUGGCUGGAGAACCCAUACAAUAUCCAGUGGAGUUUUCGAGGAUAAACCUUUAAAUUUUCCAGUCAAAUUAUUGCCAGAUUUCCAAGGCUUACCAUUGUCGUUGGGAUUAGGUGUUUUAGGUAUGCCAGGGAACACCGCUUACUUUGGUCUGAUUGACAUCUGUCAACCCAAAGCAGGCGAGACUGUCGUGGUGAGUGGAGCGGCUGGAGCAGUGGGCCAUCACGCAGGUCAAAUAGCCAAAAUUUUAGGAUGUAGGGUGAUUGGUAUAGCCGGAUCGGAUGAGAAAAUCAAAUGGCUCAAGGAUGAACUAGGUUUCGAUGCGGUGAUAAACUACAAAACACAAGACGUUGCCAAAGUUUUACCGGAGAUUGCACCUGAGAAAAUCGAUGUUUAUUUCGAUAAUGUUGGUGGAGAAAUAAGUGCUAUUGUCUUGAAAAAUAUGAAAGUUUUCGGAAGGGUAUCAGUAUGUGGAUCCAUUUCUGGAUACAAUGAUUCAAAUGCUAAAGCAAGUAUUAUUCAGGGAACUAUAACAACGCAACAACUUAGGCUGCAAGGGUUCCUAGUAUCCAGCUACAUAGAUAGAUGGCCUGAAGCUUUUGAACAAAACUUAAAAUGGAUCAAAGAAGGCAAGCUGAAGUACAGAGAAACUGUGACAAAAGGCUUCGAAAAUAUGUUUAGCGCUUUUACUGAUAUGUUGAAAGGUGGAAAUAUUGGCAAAGCAGUUGUGGAAGCUUAAAAAUAUCAUGUAAUUAAUAUAUUUAUAUUUUUAAUAAAAAUAUUACGGUAAAAA